AUGAUUUUAAGAUUAUGCAUAUUCCUUAUAUUAUGGUCUUCUUAUUUGCUUCUAUAUUUUACUAGAAAACCUUUGGGCAUUAUCAAAGUAAAUCUUGAGAAAGAUUAUGAUUAUUCAAAAUUUCAAAUUGGUUUAUUGGAUUCUGCAUUUUUGUUACCAUAUUCUCUUGGUCAGAUAUUUUUUGUUAACACAAUCAAGCAACAUAAUCCUAUGAGAUUUUUGCUAGUAACAUUAAUAUUGGCAGGUUUGUCAACUUUAAGCCUGGGUCUAGUUGUUGGCAAUUUUGGAGCAUUCUUUAUUUUACUUGCUUUAAAUGGCUCUUUUCAGGCGUUCUUUUGGCCAUUAGCCAUUCAGUUGAUAUCCAAUAUUUUCACGCAUUCCUCUCAUCUCAAUUUGAUCCUUGGAAUUUAUGGUACAUGCGCAUUUUCUGGUGGAACUAUAGGCACCUUAUUCGCGGUGUAUAUAAGAGACAAAUAUGAUUGGCGCUUGAUCUAUCCAAUAACGUCACUGAUUAUGAUUUGUUGCGCCAUCGUUUUUAUGAUAAUUUACGAAUACCUCAAGACACGCCUCAUUUCUCACAACAUAUUUCAAGGGUCGGACGCAGGAAAUAUUAAAACCACCAACGGCGUUCCCAAAGCCAUCAAUGCUCUUCGUAAUAUUUACCAGAACCCUAUGAUGAGCAUAUCCAACAUUUAUCAGGCGCUAAUCAACAAGAUACACGAAGCUCUGGCGAUAUUUAAAACUGUUCCAAUGGUAUUCGAUGUAUCUUUAUUUAUGUUAUGUCUCAAAACUAUACGAUAUAUCCUUUACAUGUGGCUUCCUUUGCUAUUGGAGCAAAAGAGUCAAUAUAAUAGUACCAAAGCAGGUAACAUAUCCGCCAUCUUUGAAAUUGGGGGCUUGUUGGGAUCUAUCAUAUUAGGUUACCUUUUGGAUAGAUAUUUCAAAAGGUGUCAAAUGAAAGGCGUUUAUUAUUUUUUGGUAUGCAAUUUGAUAUGCAUCUUCGUUUUUUUGUAUUGUACCAGCGAUCCUGGAAUAAAUUGGAUAACGACCGCUUCCAUUUUGCUCUUUUUAGGUCUGUUCCUAGGUGGACUGGACAAUAUGAUGGGCAGUUGCGUUCCUUUAUUCAUCAUAAAUGAUUAUCACAGCCACCACCCGGCUAAAAAAUUAUCUAACGAAGGUAAAGAUCUUUCGGAAAUAGUUGAUGAAAGUGAAGUAGUGGUGGACAAGUCUACGGUCAUAGGAUUAGUUAACGGUGUCGGCUCUUUGGGAACAUUUAUUGAGGGGCCUUUCAUAGGAUUCUUAUUAGUUUCAAAUGGCAUGUCCUCUUCAGCUUUUACCCGAAAAGAUCUCUCAUCAGCAAAUAUGGACAUAGAUAACUGGUUCAGAUUUUACGUGUUGAUAUUUUUGCUGGCUCUUAUACCAGUCAUUAGAUCUCUAGUAUCGCCAACUUGCCGGAAACGUAUAUUUGCUAAGCCAUCCCUACAAUCAUUAGACUCUAAAGGUGUGGAAAAUUUGCUCAUCCUUAAUGAAUGAGGGACAAAAUUAAUAAUUAAUCGCUCAUAUUUUAAACAAUUUGUUUUAAGGUAUAAGAUACUCAUACUCGAAUCAAUUAAACAAACCAAAAUUAAUCUUACAGGGAAUUAAAUUUAGAUCAAAUUGCAUAUUUUAUAUUUUGUACGUAAUGAUUGUAGAAAAAUUAAUUUGGCGAAUAAUUUAUUUGAAUUAAG